CGUACAUUUCUCUGAUUCCUCCUCCUCCCAUCCUCCUGCUCGUUCCCACCCUACUACCAAUCUUACGAACCCGCCAACCCUUCGAAUGCUACCCUGUCUGCUCGCCGGCACACCUGCUCAUGCCAAUAACCGCCAUCCGACUCUGCGCUGCUCGUUUUAAUAUACCUAUAUAAUACCUACCACAUAAUCCUGCUUCUAGACCUGCUCAGAGACCGAACUCCGGCUCUGCUCCUACGUUUGUCUUUUGUGCUCCGCAGCACGAUACCACCCCUCGGCGUGACAGCUUGAUAUACGUUCAGUGACGUAGAUAGAGAAAGAAGAGAAGCAAGAUAUCAAGCCGGAGAAGAAGAAAAAGAAGAAGCGAGCUUGCGAAGGCAGCUCUCCGCGGAUAACGCACUUGGCUGUCCGACCGGAUGAAAGGGAGAGAAAAGGCACCACCUGCCGCCGCAACACGCGAGUUGCUUGCUCUUCUACUUCAGUGCCCCGCAAGCCUCAGGUCAAGUGCCAAGUGCUGCGUCUGCUAGUCGUAAGAACAAUACCAAGUUGCGAAGCAAUGGUCCUAACAAAGCAGAGAUCAACCCGAAAUCCGGAUGACUUCCCCACCGUUCAACUCUUCAUACUAGCCAUCGUCCGCCUAGCUGAGCCCAUCGCUCUUACCUCCAUCUUCCCCUACGCCUGGGCCCUCGUGAAGAGAUUCAAGAUCGGCAACGAGCAAGAUGCCUCGUUGUACGCCGGCCUCCUCAUCUCCUCCUUCGCCCUUGCCGAAGCGCUGAUGGGCAUGUAUUGGGGCGGAUUAUCCGACAGAAUUGGUCGGAAACCCGUCCUCUUGCUAGGAUGUGUCGGCACGAUGUUCAGUAUGGUAGUAGUUGGGUUUUCUACCAAUAUCUGGGCCGCUCUGUGCGGACGGGCGCUCGGUGGGUUGCUAAAUGGCAACAUCGGCGUUAUCCAGACCAUGGUUGGGGAAUUGGUUACCAAGCCAGAGCAUGAGCCUCGCGCCUAUUCUGUGAUGCCUUUUGUCUGGUCCAUAGGGACAAUCAUCGGGCCGGCGAUUGGAGGCAUACUCGCAGAUCCUCAUGAAUCCUAUCCCGGUACCUUUCCGAAGGGUAGCCUAUUCGCUGACUUUCCUUAUCUCCUCCCCAACCUUUGUUGCGCCGCCCUUCUACUAGUCAGCAUCUGCCUAGGAUACUUCCUGCUUGAGGAGACACAUCCCGACAUGGCGCCACGCGUCAUGCUCCCCGAUGACACUUACGUCUCCGACGAAACCCCUCUCAUGGAAACCUCAGAUGCGAUUAAGCAGCCCGCUGUCGAUCUACGUUCGGAAACAUACGGGACGUUCAGGGGUAGAAACAGCGUCGAGUUCAUUCAUGAUCCAGUUCGCCCCAAGGAACCGAAAGGGGGGAAGUGCUUCAACAUCUUUACCAGGCGCAUUAUGGCUCUCGUCAUUGCCCUCUCGAUUUUCACCUACCAUUCGAUGACUUACGACCAUCUUCUGCCCAUCUUCUUCGAAGACGAGAGGGUCCCCAUCGAGUACGCUCCAGGAGGGGGAAUUCUCUCGCAUUUCAACCCCCUAUACUCACCCGGCGGCCUAGGCUUAUCCGUGCAGUCCGUGGGCUUUAUCAUGGCUAUAAACGGGGCAAUUGCGCUUUUCGUCCAGGUUGUAGUGUUCCCCCUGGCCGCUGAAAUCAUUGGUGUUUUUAGAUUGUUCAUCCUCGCUACUAUCUUGCACCCGGUUGUCUAUGCCAUCGUCCCCACUCUAGUCCACUUGCCGGACUCUCUGCUGUAUGUCGGGAUCUACUUCUGCCUAGCGGUUCGGAACGUCUUCUCCAUCAUCCUGUACCCUCUUCUUCUCAUCCUCAUCAAGGAAGCCACCCCUUGCCCGUCAGUCCUGGGAAAGGUAAACGGGUUUGCAGCCAGCGCCGGCGCAGCCUGCCGCAUGGUAGCUCCGCCUGUCGCCGGAUACCUGUACACUAUCGGGUCGCAAAUUGAUUGCACCGGUCUCGCAUGGUAUGGUAGUACCCUCGUUGCCAUAGUCGGCGCCUUUCAAUGCUUCUCGGUCAAAUGUGACCGGAAGGAGGAUGUCUCGGAGGAAACUGGGAGGUUGAAGCCGGUCCAUGGCAUAGUAACCGUCACAGAGGUAACCCAGGGCGAGGAAGACGAGGGGCCUAAUGGACAACCUUACGAGACAUCCAGGUACGCGCUAUGAAGCUAGGCUCAGUGUUUCAGUCUAGAUGAUUUCAUGAUAUCAGGGGGGGGGGAGCACCAUGAUGAGGAAAAUGGCGGGUGCGGACAAUGUGCGGAUAGUUCGGCGUUUGUGGGCUACAGGUGGGGGAUUUAGGGGAAAAAAGAAAAGGAGGGGCCGAGGGGGCCUUAGUUUCGAAUACAACGAUAUCCCUUCGUCGCAGGUCCGUGAAGUGCCGUGUUUCCUCCUCUUUCCCUUCGCUACAUCUUGUAUCUACUUGUGGUUAGGGAGGCGGGAAUCCGUAGUGUCCGUUGAGGCCUAUGAAAAUGCACAGAUGGUCUAUCAGCGACUUGCUACUGAAGUCAGCAAGUCGCCGGUUAAGCGAGCUACCAGCCAACUGCGCGGCAGCGCACCCCCCUCCCCCCCCC